CGUAGCCUUGUCACAUCUGAACGCCGACUGGACAGACUUGCAACCCAUUCAUGUCCGAAGAAUAGCCGAAGAAUGACCACCACGAGACGAAUAGAUCAAAGGUCCUAUUACAUAAUCAACAUCACAAUAAGCCAGAAAAUCCGACGAACGAACACAAUGUCAACACAUCAUCUAUGUAGGCCUACCAGGCGAACGUCCAUAUUCAUUGUAUCGCCCCAUCACAGAUUCUAAAGGGAUAGCGUCGAUGUUUCAUGACUGUAGACGUGUCUAAGCAGCUGAACCUUUGACAACCUUUGAUGAUCCAACCCCCGUAAAGAAAAGCCUACCACUCCUGACGAGUCUAUGACGAGUCUAUGCGCACGACAUUCUUCAACGAUUUUGGCGGGAGCUUUUCAUCUAUAACCAUCCAAUUACUAUCUGUGCCAUUAAAACAAAAUGACGAGACCUUCACUCAUGGCAAAGACAUUCAUAUCGUAAAUGAGCAAACGCUAUUUGCGACUAUUAACGAGACGUUUCACUCCAUCAGUUUGAUAUCGACCUAUAUCACCACCAGCACAUAAUUUGCCAAGUGUAACCAUAGCAACCAGUGCCGGCGGUUAAUUGAAGCACGUUUUCCUGAUCUCUUGUUAUAGAUGAUUUGUGUCUCUCCACCGAGAUAUUACGGUUGUCGUUUGAAAGGAAUGAUUCAUGUUGUUAAAGAUAGUACGUCGACACAUGGAAUCCACAGCUAAACUGAUCCGUUGAUGGAAAAGGCUUGAGAAGACGACCACGUUCAGGAAUGAUUUCAUCAUCGCCAAAAAUUUGUAUACAGGAACAAUAAUUUGGAAUGUUGUCAUAUCAACGCGGUAGGAGUGACUGACGCAUAAGUAUGACGAGUCGGCAGCAAUCACUUUCCAUGAUUUCGCUUCUGGUUUUACUUUGGACCAUCUGUCUGGCAAACCGAUGCAACACCUAUGUUUGAAAUUAUUGGAAGGGCUUCACUCUUUAGAGUUAGCGAACGCAAAACCCUCUCGAACAAAAGAAAACGAUUUGAUUUGUAUCAUUAUAAUUAUGAAUAGAUAAUUGCAGUUCCAGAUGGCUAAUUCAUCAUUCCACUCAAAACUUGUACUCCUUACUAUUGUAUUUGGGGUGUGUCAAUUCCUGAUCUUUAUGUCUUGUGAUUCAAGGGAUGAUCCUCGCCACCUUUCUAAACAGAAUAGUGCAGAGAAAAGAGCUCUUGGUUUAAAACUAAAGGCCACAGAAAAAUCCAGGCCUAUCAUCACAUCGGAUGCGAGAACUAAGGUCAAUAAAAGUAGUAGCGAUGUAAACGUGACUGCGAUGUUGCCGAAAGUGCGAUUCGAUGGGACAUGGAACUCGUCGUUCGUUGCUCCCAUGUACCAUAGAUAUUACCAAGCGAAUUGCGCCUCGAUAUUUGCUGAUAGCCGUCAAGCCAUCGAUGAAGCGAAUCGUCUGAUGGGGAAAUCAAAAGAGCCGAUAGCGGUGCCGUCAGAUGAAACCGUUCUUGGUUGGACAAAGGAUUGCGAAGUAUUUGAAAGAGAGCGACGUUAUCCGAAUAAACCGCGAUCCGUUGAAGAAGAAGAGUAUCCGAUCGCUUUUGUCAUCGUGACGCACAAGGAGGUGGCGCAAGUUGAGCGAUUGUUGCGUGCCAUUUAUCACCCUCAAAACGUGUACUGUAUUCACCCUGAUGUGAAGUCACCGCCGGUGUUUCAGGAGGCUAUUAGAGGUUUAGCUUCUUGCUUCGACAAUGUUUUUAUCGUCUCCAAAGUUGAAGAUGUCCAGUACGCCGGUUUUACUCGCCUGCAAGCAGAUGUCAACUGUAUGUCGGAUCUUCUGCAGCAUUCUGUUCAUUGGCGAUAUGUCAUCAACAUGUGUUCCCAAGACUUCCCUUUAAAGACAAACCUGGAGAUGGUGCGGCAGUUAAAAGCAUACAAAGGCAAAAACGAUAUCAACGGAAUUCUCCCACCCUCAUACAUCAAAGGCAGGACUAGAACCCACUUCAUAGCUAUCAACGGCAAAAUGACGGGCACGCGAAAGCAUAAGACACCGCCUCCGAACAAUCUUACAAUCUACUUCGGCAACGCGUACUACGCAGCGAGUCGCGCAUUCGUUGAUUACGUCAUAAACAAUCAGGUGGCCGUAGACCUUCUGCAUUGGUCAGAGGACACGUUUAGCCCCGAUGAACACUACUGGGUUACUCUCAACCGUAGUCCUGGUGUCCCAGGGGGUUAUUCCAACGCAACAUGGGAUUCAAAUGUACGCUUCAUGAAGUGGGGAGAUGUGCCCAAGCACCCACCAUGUAAAGGAAAAUACGUCCGCGCGCUCUGCGUCUUUGGGGUGGGAUAUCUGAACUACCUGGCGAAGAUGACCCAUUUGUUUGCUAAUAAGUUCUAUUAUUCAUACGAUCCAGUAACCCUUCAGUGUCUUGAAGAAUUGCUUGACUUCAGGACUGCUCAUCCAGAAACGAUUUCUGACUUUGUAUCGAACUUUCCAGUCACAGAUUUGUUAUGGCAGCUGAAUUAGGCAGGGUUGCAUCGAUCGUUGAUAUGAUCUUUCAUUAAUACCUGAACUGUUGGUGUUUCGACUUUUUUAGAAUCUACGUAAAUUGGUAUUGGUAUUAGCAAGCUCUCUACCAUUCAGGAUUGGUCUCUAUCGAGACCAGGAUUGAUGUUAAUUGAAGGAGAAUUAAACCCUUCAUUGUAAUCUACGUUAUUAUGUAGAGGACAAAUUUUAAACUCACCUUUUCAUAUAACACUCCGGUUCGUAGGAUAUGUAUAUUCACUAAAGUUUCCAAAUUAAGAAGACGGUUAAAACCGUUAUUUUUAUUUAUGAUGAUUGAAAUAAAUCUGCAAUAGUACGAGGUCUACAAACAUCGUACCCUCACAAAGAUCGGUAAUAACGGUUUUAAAAAUGUAAAAUAUCCAGACUAGAAAUACCCAUGCGUUCGUGCUCUCAUUAGGGACUUUUAGAUUUGCACAACGACAACGUGGAUUGCUACGAUCGACGUCCUUUUAAUGUACUGCCUUGAAUGGACGUCACACGUAUCAGUCCACGCAAAUCUAAAAGUCCCUAUUAACUCCCAGUGUACGCCCGUAUCCCUGCCAACAUAAAAUAGAGAUAUUGAUUUUUAUUACUGUCUUGAUAUGACAAAUAUUAUUUUUUAUUUAUAAUUCAAUUAAAUAUUUUCAAUUAGAAAAUAAAAUAUUGUAUUUUUUUAACAUGCAAUUAUACUUAUAAGUAUGAUUGAUAUAGUUGGCCAAUCGUGCGUCCAUAGCGCAUUUACGUCACGAUCUUUGGUGAGGACAAAAAAAGUGAGAUCCGCCACUGGAUGUACCAUAAAGCCGAAAGUAAAAUAUUCACUGGGGAAAUGCAAUAAUAAUUUAUACAACUCUUAAAUUAGUUGACGGACAAACAAACGAAAAAAGUGUGUUUUGGGGUUCCAUUUGAAUAAAGAGAGGUUUAGGGAAAGUACUCUAAAACCCGUCGAUGAUACAGAUUCUGUGGUUUUAAUUUCCUGUCCUACUUGAGUUCUACUCGAUGCUGCAUGACAAUUAAAUUUUGGGGUGGACAGGGAGGAGCAGGACUUUGUUCAUUGUACCAAUAAAAUAACUUCCAGUUUUGUUGAUUUUUUUGUUAAUAGAGAGUGAAUAACAUGUGCAAUUGAAUUAUAAACUAUGUUUAUUUACUUUAAGUUCACUUCGUUGCUCAUUUAAAUAUACUGCAAAUUCAUUUUUGUUUAAUUAUGCUUAUGUAUAAGCAAUUAAUAUUGAAAACAUUUAUUUAUUUUAUUCAGCUGUAUGUUCUUGUUUCUAUUACAUUUGGAGGAAUAAAACAAAAUUACUAUUUUUAAAAAAA